GUAUGCCGGCGUACUGCAUUACAGUGUGGCAUGCUGGGGGCUCAUCUGCAGAGAGGACAGUCCUCUAGAGGGUUAGAAAAAAACCAUCAACUGCUCUCUGCCAUCCCUGGAAGCCAUCAGCAGAUCCCUCUGCCUCUGCCCAAAACAUCCUCAGAGACACUGUCCGUCCCACACACCACUUGUUUGACCUGCUGCCCUCUGGUAGGUGCUACAGGUCCAUCAAAACACGCACCUCCAGACUCAAGGACAGUUUCUUCCCUUGGGCUAAAAGAUCACUGAACAACAACAAAAAGUCAUCAGUGUGCAAUAUUAGUCUUUUCUGAUUAUAAAAACCAGUUUAAUAAUACUAAUCCUUUUCAAUUCAUCUUAUUCUUCCAAAUGAUUGAUUUUUGCUACUUGCCUCCGUUAGUUGACUGUUUUUUUACAUAUGUAAAGUAUUUGUUUGUUUGACUGUAUUUUUCUGAUUCGUUAUUGCAUUGAACAGAAGCAGCACGCUUAGUUUUGUUGUGUAUUUUAUGUACAAUGAAGCUUCUAUUCUAUUCUAUUGUUAUUCAGCCUCAGGUGCCAGUACUCAACAGAUAUAGUGAGGUGCCGGUACUCUGAAGAGAAAAACAAAGAGGUGCUGGUACUGCAUACCUGGUGAAAUAUGGCACAUAGUUAUGAGUCCAAAUGAUCAGUGGACGUCUCUGCCUGUGACUGCAAACUGCCUGUAGUCAGACAACGAUUCACAGGAACUGGUUUCUUUACAGCUAUAAACAUCUAAGCAAUGGCUCAACAAGAGAACUCGCUCACUGACCUCUUGCUGGAGAAUCUGAAGGAGCUCGAUGAUGAUCAGCUGAAGGAGUUUAAAUGGAAACUGAGUCACACAAAGUAUAAAGAGUUAAAGCCCCUUUCUAGGGGUCAGGUGAAGCACUUGGAUAGAACAGACCUCGCCGACACGAUGAUAAGUUCAUACAUGGAAGUUGGUGCUCUUGAAGUCACACUUGAAAUCCUGAAGAAUAUGACCCUGAAUGACCUUGCUGGGAGACUGAAGGAAGACCUGCAGAAGUGUAAUCAAGCAGGAAGUGAGCUGGGUGACGUAUCAGAGAAAAGGGAACUCAUGCUGGACAGAAUAAAGUGUAACCUGAAGAAGAAAUUUGAGUGUGUAUUUGAAGGGAAAGCUAAGGAAGGACAGUCAACACUUCUCAAAGACAUUUACACAGAACUCUACAUAACUAAAGGUGGAACUGGAGGAGUCAAUGAUGAACAUGAAGUGAGACAGAUUGAAACAUCAUCCAAGAAAAUGCAAAGAGAAGAUACUACACUCAAGUGCAAUGAUAUAUUUAAAGCCUUAUGUGGGCGUGAGACACCUAUCAGAACUGUACUCACUAAAGGGGUUGCAGGUAUCGGGAAAACAGUCUCUGUGCAGAAAUUUAUUCUAGACUGGGCAGAUGGAAAAGCAAACCAGGACAUACACGUCAUAUUUGCUCUUCCUUUCCGGAACCUGAAUCUGCUUGAGAGUGAAUUCAGUCUGAUUGAUCUGCUUCACCACUUUGACCCAGAACUAAAGUUAUUCCAAUCCACUGAGCUGUUUAGGUGCAAAGUCUUGUUCAUCUUUGAUGGUCUAGAUGAGUGUCGCCUUCCUCUAAAUUUUAAGAAUGAUAAGAGUUUUUGCGAUGUAACAAAGAAAACGUCACUGGAUGUGCUGUUGACUCACCUCAUUAAGGGGAAUCUGCUUCCAUAUGCUCUCCUCUGGAUAACCUCUCGGCCAGCAGCAACCAAUCAGAUACCUCCUGAGUGCAUCGACCAGGUGACAGAGAUACGAGGGUUCAGUGAUGCCCAGAAGGAGGAGUAUUUCAGGAAGAGAUUUAAUGAUGAGAGCCUGUCUGAAAGGAUUAUCAGACAUGUGAAAUCAUCAAGGAGCCUCUUCAUCAUGUGCCACAUUCCUGUGUUCUGCUGUAUUUCAGCCACUGUCCUUGAGAGUCUUUUUAGCAAAACUGACAGUGUAGAAAUUCCAAGAACUCUCACUGAAAUGUGCACACACUUCCUGAUCUUUCAGACAAGAUUAAUUAAUGACAGGUAUAGGCUCCAGACCUCUGCGAUCCAGAACAGGACAAGCUGGUACAACAAAUGGAAGAAUAGAUUUAUGAAAAAGAAUGAAACUAAUGAUAUUAGAUGCUUCCUUCUAAAACUUGGUAAACUGGCUUUUCAUAACCUUAAGAAAGGCAAUCUCUUAUUUUAUGAGAAAGAUCUGGAACAGAGUGACCUUGACAUCAGAGAAGCUUCAGUUUACUCUGGAGUGUGCACAGAAGUCUUUAAAGAGGAAUAUGGGUUGUAUCAGACAAAGGUGUACUGCUUUAGGCUGUCAGGCUGCAGAGUCAGAGAGGGAGGCUGUACUUCCCUGGCUUCAGUUCUGAGGUCAAACCCCUCACAUCUGAGAGAGCUGGACCUGAGCUACAAUCAUCCAGGAGACUCAGGAGUGAAGCUGCUCUCUGCUGUACUGGAGGAUCCCAGCUGUAAACUGGAGAAGCUGAAGAUCAUGGUGGCACAGGAGGUUGGUGCCUUGCAUGGCAGCUUCUACCACCAGUGUGUGGAUGUAUGGGUGAAUGAGGGGAACAGGAAGGUGACAUGGGGGGCAAAGCAGCCAUAUCCUGAUCUUCCAGAGAGAUUUGAUUCCUGGCCCCAAGUUCUGUGCAGAGAGAGUCUGACUGGUCGCUGUUACUGGGAGGCUAAGUGGAGUGGAAAUGGAGCCCUGAUAGGAGUGACUUAUAAAGGAAUUGGGAGGAAAGGACGGAGUGCUGACUGUCAGUUUGGAGCCACUGACAAGUCAUGGAUGCUGCGCUGCUAUCCUGACAGUUACUCUGUCCGGCACAAUGAUAAACAGACUGACAUACCCAUAAAGCCCUCAGAUUCCCGCAGAGUAGGAGUGUAUCUGGACUGGAUGACUGGUACUCUGUCCUUCUACAGAGUCUCCUCUGAUGUACUGACCAUCCUGUACAGGUUCACCUCCUCAUUCACUGAACCCCUCUGUCCAGGGUUUAGGGUUUAUAUAAACUCCUCAGUGUCCCUGUGCAUGCUGGGAUAGCUCACUGUGUGCUGGAGGAAUCAUUUUUACCUAAUCAGAGUGUCACAUGUCGCUGCUUCUCCGUGGCAAAAAUGUAAAAUCUCUGUCUGAAGUGUAACAUAUGUUAGACAAAAUCAAGUGACUGGGUUUUGCAAGCGAACAAACAUCUGAAUAAAAUAUAAUGAAAUGUAA